CACUUGCAUUGUGAGUAUUCCAACGUCUCAUGUUUCUUCCAACAGCAAGAUGGAGGAGUAUGGCAAGGAGGGCCCCAUCCUCAGCAUCUUCCUGUCAGAAUUCCACAACAUUGCAGGCCCUAAAAUAGUGUAUCAAUACCCUGAGAACUAUGUCACAAAGGAGGUGUUUGAUGCAGUUUCUGUCUACAUCAUCCCAAAGCCACAGAUCCAGAAGAGGAUCAUCACGGUCAAUGUCCUCGGCCACAAGAUAACAGGCUACCCCAAUGAGAUCAAAAACCUCAAAUAUGUGCGCAACGCCCUCAUUUUCAACCUGUGCUUUGUGUGUGACUCCAAGUCUCGUACCGUGCACUAUGAGCCUGCUGUCAAAAAGCUCUCUGAAUACCUGGAGAACCUAGAGCUGGAGAAUGGCUUCCUCUCUAAUGACGGCAGUCGAGAGCAGAUACCCAGGAUGCUGCGCCACAUCCUGGAGGAGCUCAAUGCACGGGGAGAGUGCACUGUGACACAAGGCCUCAGCACAUCUGUUCUUCAUCUCAAGGUGGUUCGCAUAUGGCCAGACCCCCCACAUGUGCUCGACCACCAUGUCCCCAUUCUGAUUUCAGAGCGGGUGCUCAGCCAGGGGGAACACUGGGAUUUAACCACACAGCAAGUCCUGCCUUACAUUGAUGGCUAUGCACAUGUGGCCAAGAUUGCUGCAGCAGCUGAUGUUGAAAGCAACUUGGUCAAGGCAUGCGUGGAAAACCUGCUCUACUAUGACCAAGUGCGUCUCCUACCCAUCUUCCAGUACUCAAACAUAUACACAGUGACAUCGAACAUCGGCAAGCUCUAUGACAACCAUGAACUACAAGAGGAAUGCCAACGUGCUGUUGGGAAGAAUUCUACCUCGUUGCCACAGCUGUCACAUAUCAUGAUGCUCUACUGCAGCAUGACGUACGGGGUGAGUGUGCGGGACCUGUGCAUCCGCUUUAAUCCACAGGCGCUCAAUGUGGAUGAGCGGAGACUCAUUCAGUUUGGCCUCCUGCACAACCUCAUCCGGCGGCUGCAUCAGUAUCCAGUCUUUCUCAGUCCUGAUGGGGGAGGAGGUGGAGGAACAGGAGCAGGAGGAGCCCCCCCACCCCAGGGCACCCCCAGCAGGCUGAGUGCCAUACACCGGUUGUGCAAUGGUUCACACUCCUACGAUGAGAUCUGCUGCCGGCUUGGAAUGACGCACAAGGAAAUGCAUGACAAGGUGGAGAGGGACCCCAACAUCCAUGUGCUGUGGAAGUGAAGGCGAAGUAAAGAGUUGAUUUCAGAGUGGAGAGUGAAGCCAAAGUGGGACUUGGAAUAGAGUUGGCAUAAGAAGUGGGAGGUGGAGUAGGGAUCAAGUCUGAAGUGGAAAGUCUAAGAGAAGGGGAGGAUAGUGAAAAAGGGAAGUGUAAAGGAAAAAGGAAAUGGAGGCUGUUGGAUGUGAAAUAGAAAAUUAAAAGUGAAAGGAGAUGUGGCAUUGAAUUGGAGUGGAAGUAUGAAGUGUGAAGUAUGAGGUGAUGUGAAGAUGAAGCAAAAAUGAAACACUUCUAUUCUAAUUGUUUAUUUGUGUUAAAUUGAAAUUUGUUAUAUAAUUCUUUUUGCCUAAUAUGAUUUAAAACAAAAACAAAUCCUCAUUGUUGUGCCUUCUAAUUUCUGUCUUUCCUUUAUUUGCUUGAUCUCUUAGAAUUAUUUGUAUUCUUUAUACACAUCCUCUCUUACAUUACAUCCUCCUCCCUCAUUAUUAAAACCUUAAAUAUCAGGACACAGUAGAAGUAGAUAAAAACAAGUGGUGGCAAAGACAGCAUUGUGCAUUUAUGGAUUAUUGGAUUUGUGUGUAGGUGGCAUUGGUGGAAUGAGUAUUUGUGUGUGAAAUUUGUUCAGAUGUGUCUUUGUCUACAGGCAAGAAAUCUAGGAAGCCCAUCUGAUAAUCAUUUGCUCAAAGAAGGAUUUUGCAUUUUGAUACUGAAGCAGAAAUAAUUGUGACAAAUGUAGAAAAUGCUUGAAUGAGAAUAAAUAAUUCCACACUAUGGGAUAUGUAACUGACAUGUCUGUAUUACCUCUUCAUGUGAAUCAGGUCAUUGUGGUGAAAAUAUGAUAGUGCAGCAUGCAUUGCAAAUCUUGCAGUGUGGAUUUAUUAAUUCUCAUUCUUACCUUUUCUAAAUAUAGUUACUCGAGUCAUAUGUAAUAUGCCAGAGUAUUAUAUACAACUGGAUUUAUUACAAUAUCAUCACAUUUCUCUCUUUGUAUAUUACAGCUUAUAUCUGACAGAAUUUAUUAAAUAAAGGAAAUAUGUUUAUAUAGACCUAAUUAUGAUAAACUGAAAUAAAUGGUUUUGUCUACAAA